AUGGCGUCGUUGAAUCCUAAAGAGGCUACGCUGUCUGAUGAACAGGUCUCGACUGGAAAUAGUCCCCGUGAGCAGUUGGACCGGUUUGAUGAGGAGAAACAUGAACGACCUGCUGUUUUGACGGACUCGGAAGAUGGAGAUGGGUCUGAUCGUGAAACUGAGCGGGAGAGGGCGUCCUUGUCGAGAAUUGCUUCAGCACGAUCUGGUCGGUCACUCACGACGGUUGUUUCAGAGGUGAGAGACGGGAUACAGAACCAGCGGGAUCUGGAACGAGGGAAUAGUGAAAAUGGCCAUGGGAAUGAUUCUGGCGGCGACAGCAAUGAGCCCAAGGAUCCGAAUUUAGUGACCUGGGAUGGACCAGAUGAUCCGCAGAACCCAAAGGCGUGGCAUAACAAGAGGAAAUGGGCGGCUGUUAUAUGCGUGUCAUUCUUCACACUCAUAUCCCCAGUGGCUUCAUCAAUGGUAGCCCCCGACUUGGAAGCCAUCGGCAAGGAACUCAACAUUGAAAGCGAACUUGAGCGAGCCCUCGUUCUAUCCAUCUUCGUAGCAGCAUACGCCCUCGGCCCUCUAGGCUGGGGCCCCCUAUCCGAACUCUAUGGCCGAGUCAUUGUCAUCCAAACCUCCAACAUCGUCUUCCUCCUCUUCAACCUCGGCUGUGCGCUAGCCAAAACCGAAGGCCAGAUGAUUGCGUUCCGCUUCCUCGGCGGGAUAGGAGGCUCAGCACCGCUCGCCAUCGGCGGCGGCGUCCUCAGCGACUUAUUCACGGCCGAGGAGAGAGGCCGCGCCAUCAGCAUCUACUCCCUCAUGCCGCUCCUCGGACCGGCCAUCGGCCCCGUGGCGGGAGGCUGGAUCGCAGAGCGCACAACAUGGCGGUGGGUGUUUUACAGCACGACCAUUGCAUGUGGUGUUAUUCAGGUGUUUGGCGUGUUCUUCCUGCAGGAGACGUAUGCGCCGGUGCUGCUGCACCGCAAGAAGUUGCGGCUGAUGAAGGAGACGGGGAAUAAGGGGUUGCGGACGGAGUUCGACCAUCCGGACAGGACGUUGCUGCAGACGCUGGGGAAUGCGUUUACCAGGCCGUUUCGACUGCUGGCGACACAGCCUAUUGUGCAGGUUUUGUCGUUGUAUCUCAUGUUUUUGUAUGGCAUGAUCUACUUGAUCUUUUCGACGUUUCCGACGCUGUUUGCCACCAAGUACGGAGAGACGCCUGGGAUUAUUGGCCUGAAUUACAUUUCUAUAGGGGUGGGAUUCUUUCUGGGGACGCAGGUGUGUGCUCCGUUGCAGGAUCGCGUGUACGCAGCUCUGAAGCGUCGUUAUGUUCCGGAUGGAGGACCAGGACGACCGGAGUUUCGAGUGCCGAUGAUGGUGCCGGGAGCGUUGCUCGUGCCGAUUGGUAUCUUUAUAUAUGCGUGGACGGCAGAGAAGCCUACCCAUUGGAUUGGACCGAAUAUCGGGGCCGCGGUGUUUGGUUUCGGGUCGAUUAUCGGGUUUCAGUGUGUGCAAGGCUAUAUCGUCGAUUCGUAUACGCGGUAUGCGGCCAGCGCGGUGGGAGCCAUCACCGUGCUAAGAAGCUUGGCGGGAUUUGGGUUUCCGCUAUUUGCGCCGACCAUGUAUGAGAAUCUGGGGUAUGGGAUGGGCGGUACGGUGCUGGCUAUUGUUUCUAUUGUUGUGGGAUGGCCGGCGCCCUUUUUGCUGUGGAAGUAUGGUGCUGCUUUGAGGGCGAGGAGUAAGUUUAGCGCUGGGCCGUGA